AUGGGGUGCAAUGUCUCAAGGUUAGAUGGCAACGGCGCCGCCACCUUGCCGGCAAGGCAGCUGCGGCCCCUCUUCCUCCAACGCCUCGACGAUUUCAAGGCGGCCCGCAGGCACGGGGGCGGCCGCCCCCUCAAGGGGGCCGCUUCCACCCCCUCCAAGAAACAACUUCUUUUUCAUAUCGAUGAUGCUUCGCGUCAUUCUUCUAUUAAUACUAAUAAUACCCCCAAACGUAUGUCCAUCUAUAAUUCUCUCGAAGAUAGCAUCAAAAAACCCGACCAAAAAAAUCGAGAGGCUAUUAAUAUUUAUGAAAAGGAUAUUGAGAUGAAGAAGCAUAUAAUUAAUGUGGUUGAUCAUGAGGAAGAAAUCGUAAAGGGGAAGGGUAAAAACGACAUGAAAGAAAAAACGGAAGAUAAGAUUAUUGAGGAUGAUGAUUUUCUAAGUGCCGACGAGGAUAUAAAUGAUGGGGAAGAAGAAGAUGAUGAUGAUGAUAAUGAUGACGAGGAUGAAGGUGAUGAGAGAAAUAUUGGAUUCCCAGGCUCGCCGAGUUUUCGAGUAUAUUUUGUGGAUCGUGAUAUUGGUAAGAUAGAUGCCUUCAAAGAUGCAAUUUCGAGUGACGAUAGCGUUCCAUCCAAGGUAAAAUUCGUGAUUAUUCAACAAAUUAAAGCGAAAAAACCCUUUCUUGAUCUUUGA